AUGAGUCGUCUUUUCCAGCACUCUCUUGAUGGUAUCUUCAAGAGGAACAAGGAUUGGGUCUGCUCGAAAAAGAUCGCAGACCCAGGGUUUUUCGAAAAGCUUUCUGCUGGACAAGCACCAGAUUAUCUCUACAUCGGCUGCAGCGACAGCCGCGUUCCGGCAAAUGAAAUAAUGGGCCUAGAGGCUGGUGAAGUUUUCGUCCAUCGCAAUAUCGCAAACCUAGUUCCCAAUGUCGACCUCAACGUCAUGUCUGUCAUAAAUUAUGCAGUCCGACACUUACAUGUCAAGCACAUCAUUGUCUGUGGUCACUACAACUGCGGAGGGGUCAAAGCUGCAAUGACCUCGGCUGACUUGGGUCUCCUGAACCCAUGGCUCCGCAACAUACGUGAUGUCUAUCGCUUGCAUGAGAAAGAAUUGGACAAGAUCACAGAUGAAGACUCGCGGUACAACAGACUUAUUGAGUUGAAUGUCAUUGAGUCCUGUCGGAAUGUGAUCAAAACUGCUGCAGUACAGCAGAGCUACGAAAACAACCAGUAUCCGGUUGUUCACGGAUUAGUUUUUGAUCUGCGCGAUGGUCUUCUCAGAGAUCUUGAGAUUGACUUUGAAGCAAUGCUAGAGGAUGUGAAAAAGAUCUAUUGCCUUUCUUCGAAAACUUCCAGUUAA